CAAGUAUGUGGUGUGGUUCCCCUUGAACGGUCUCGGCAACCGCAUGCUCGCCAUCGCCUCCACCUUCCUCUACGCGCUGCUCUCCGGCCGGGUCAUGCUCGUCAAUGUGCCGCAGGAGCAGGAGGGACUCUUUUGCGAGCCCUUCCCGGGCACCUCCUGGGUGCUCCCCGACGGGUUCCCGGAGGGGAAUCCGAUGAAGCUCUACGCUGGUGCGCCGGAGAGCUACGUCAACAUGCUCAAGAAUAAUGUGAUCCAAUACGACACACCGGCGUCAUCCCUUCCGGCACACGUGUACCUCCACCUCGAGCAGAUCGGGCAGAGGCUGUCCGACAACAUCUUCUGCGACGACGACCAGCGGCUUCUCGGCAAGUUCGGCUGGAUGAUACUCAAGUCCGACAGCUACUUCGCGAUGGGGCUGUUCCUGACACCCAUGUACGACAAGGAGCUGGCGAGGAUGUUCCCGUACAAGGAGGCGGUGUUCCACCACCUCGGUCGGUACCUCUUGCACCCGACCAACAGGGUGUGGGGGAUCGUGAGAAGGUACUACGAGGCAUACCUCGCGGGGGUGGAUGAGAAGAUCGGGUUCCAGAUCAGGAUCUUCCCGGAGAGGCCGGUCAAGUUCGAGAACAUGUACGACCAGCUCACCAGGUGCAUCAAGGAGCAGCGGCUGCUGCCGGAGCUCGGAAAGGCGGAGCCGGCG